GGGGAGCGUUCCGCUGUCUGGUCCUUCCCCUGCGCUCCGCAGCCUGGGGCUCGCGACGUGCUCGGGGCUGGGAGAGCCCGGAGAUGGCUCCCCGCGGGAUUACCUGGUACAAGCUGCUGGGGGAGUAGCCAGAGAAAAGACCACCCAGAGCCCCCUAGAUGUGGAGUCAGCCCCACUCGGCACACCGAACCUUAGUCCUUCAUGGAGACCAGCUCCCAGCCGGAAUGGCCGUGGAGGAGGUCGGCUUCCCGAUGGGCACCUGGCAGAAGGCUAUGGCAGGACGUGGACUGCAGAGACAACAGCUGGUAGGAAGUCUCGGCCUCUAUCUCUCCUCCUGGACAGUGCAGCAUGGCGAGAAUGCGGAGGAGGAAGCUUUGGGCAUCCUGCCUGUGCAUCACAGUGGCCUCCUUCCUCCUCAUUUCAUUCCAGGUGGUCAGUGAGCUUGGCAAAUUUGAAAGGCCGAAGAUAGAAAGCUCCAAUCUGAAAGACGGGCAGCAGAAGCCUGAAGAAGCCACCAGACAUCUGCGUCCAUUCCUCAAGAAAGGACUGCACCAGAGCAAGCAGAAGGUCGCCAAGGCAGACAGCUAUCCCAUCAUGCUCUGGUGGUCCCCGCUGACCGGGGAAUCGGGAAGGUUAGGUCACUGUGGAGCGGACACUUGCUUUUUCACCAUCAACCGGAGCUACCAGCACCACCAUCUGACCAAAGCGUUCCUCUUCUAUGGCACUGACUUCAGCAUAGACAGCCUGCCCCUGCCGCGGAAGGUCCACCACGACUGGGCCCUCUUUCACGAAGAGUCGCCCAAGAACAACUACAAGCUCUUCCACGAGCCCGUCAUCACCUUGUUCAACCACACGGCCACCUUCAGCCGCCAUUCCCACCUGCCGUUAACCACUCAGUAUCUGGAAGGCGUGGACGCCCUCAAGUCCACCAGGUACAUGGUUCCUCUGCACACCAAGAACAGCCUGCGGCAGCGCCUGGCCCCGCUGGCGUACGUGCAGUCUGACUGCGACCCGCCCUCGGACCGCGACAGCUACGUGCGGGAGCUGAUGAGUCACAUCCAAGUGGACUCUUACGGCGAGUGUCUGCGCAACCGAGAUCUCCCUCCGCAGCUGAAGAACCCGGCUUCCAUGGACGACGACGGCUUCUACCGGGUCCUCGCGCAGUAUAAGUUCAUCCUGGCGUUCGAGAACGCCGUCUGCGACGACUACAUCACCGAGAAGUUCUGGCGACCCCUGAAGCUGGGCGUGGUCCCCGUCUACUAUGGCUCGCCCAGCAUUGCCGACUGGCUGCCCAGCAACAAGAGCGCCGUUCUGGUCAAGGGGUUUUCUCACCCGCGGGAGCUGGCAGGCUUCAUCAAGCAGCUGGAUAACAACGACGAGGAAUACGAGGCCUACAUAGAGUGGAAGCUGAGGGGCGAGAUCUCCAACCGCCACCUGCUCACGGCCUUGAAGGAGCGCGGGUGGGGCGUGCAGGACAUCACCCAGGACAACUACAUUGAUGCCUUUGAGUGCAUGGUGUGUAGCAAGGUGUGGGAAAACAUCAGGCUGCAGGAGAAGGAGACUGGCUUAGGGUCCAGCUGCAAAGUUGCAUCGAGCUGAGGAGAGGAGCAGGUCCAGGGAGCCCAGCAAAAGGGCUUGACCCACAGUUUCAGAACCCCAGAGGGGGAUCAACCUGAGGACGUUGUGAGAAGACAAGACGUGAGAGCCCAGCAGUCGCCAGAGGUGUGAGCUGCCUUGGCCGAGUACGUUCCCUCCACAUAUGCCUCCCUACUUGUGUACUCCGUGUGUGGACCCACUUAUGCUCUGUGUAUUUGUGGUACUCUUCCUGGUGUUCUGUUUCAAUGCCUUUCUUUUGAUCUCAUUGUUUCAACUGGCAGACUAUUGAAGGUAAACCCAUUUAUGGGGGCUCAUGAGUGAGAGCCCACAGAGUACUGUGGACCUGGGGGAGCUGUCUCCUGGGGAAUCCAGUGGACAGUUGUAAGUUUGGAGAAGAGGGCAAGCAUUCUGCUUAGAAGGAAAUCUGGGGCCAGGUUUUCCUGCAAAUUAGACAAUUUCCAGCUUAAGCAAUUUACAACUCACAAUUUAUAGUAAUACUGAAGAGAGUAGAUGAGUCUGUUGCAAUGAUCAGAGUACAUAAUUUUCAUUAAUGUACUUUGAGUUAUUUAUCAAGAGGAACAAUAGAUGUAGCAGACCUUCCUUGUGCCGAAAUAAAGAUGUACCUACUCUUCGUUUGGUCAGCAGUAAAGAAGAUGCCACCUCUGUUGGCUGAGUGGUUGAUAAACUCUGCUCUGUUGAUCUGGAAGGUUUGCAGCUCAGAGGAACUUGAAGAAGGCAGGUCCUUUGCCACCUUGCCAGUCACGUGGCCCCCAGCUUCCCUUUUCUGGGGAGUGACUGCCAUGCCAUUCUUCUGUCACCCAGCAGUGCAGCCUCAGGGCCAUCUUUUUUCUCUUCCUCUCCUUUAUCCAUCCUCCCACAGUGUGGUUCUGCCUCUACUGUAUACCAUCUCCUCUCCUUCCCAUGGCCACCCCCUCAUCCUGCACCAUUACAAGGCCUCCUUUUUGGUCUCCCUGCCCCUCCCUUCUUUGAUCUGCCCUCCACACUGCUGCCAAAUUGGUGAUCCUGAACCUCAGCUCCGACUGUGGCGUGCCCCUGCUCAUCUUCUUUGUGUUCUCCUCCCUCCAUAUCUUUGCUCAGGCUGUGCCCUAGGCCCAGAAUGCACUCCCUCCCUCCCUCCCUCCCUCUCUUAAUUGAAUUUCACCCUGUCCUUAAAGCCCACCCUUGUGCUCCCUGUUCCAGGCAGCUUCCCUCUGUGUCCCCAAGGCUGAGGACUUCCUCCCUCUUCCUCCAGGCCUCAUGUAGCCUUUUGUUUUCUAAUUGUAAUGGACUUUUUAUCAUGUAAUGUGAAGUAUAUCUCUCUGUUGUGGUUGUUUAAUUCUAGGGCAGGGACCAUGACUCGAAGCAUUCAGUAGAUGCUUAAUAUAAGAGGGCUGGGGUCAUGUUAGGGUAGAAAGAACACAGAACACAGUCCCUGAAGUCAGGCGACCUGGGUUCAAGCCCAAAUUUUGCCCUGUGUGACUGUGGACAAGUCAUUUUUUUCCACUUCCCGCUGAGCCUGAGUUUCUUCAUCUGUAAAAUGGGGCUAAAUGACUCAGCCUGUCUAUGACUCGAGGCUGAUGUGAACAUCAGAGGAGACAGUCUGGUGCUCCAUGAAAAGCCCUGGCCCAGAGUGGCUCUUGGCAAACACAGCCUGUUUCUAAGGUAUGUCGAUCUCCCUCGAGGUGAUGCGGUAGAGAGGAUAAAAGGCCAAGAGUGGAGACAGAAAGACCUGGGUUCAAAUGCCACCUUUGACAUUUGCCGUGUGUGACCUUGGGCAAGUCCCUUCACCCUCCUUGGCUACAGUCAGCUCCCUGGGAAUUAUCUGUCCUUGUUGGUGGACCAGCACUAGGGAAGUCAUCCGUGCCCCACAUCAGAUGUUGGAUGCUGAUUUGAUUUUAAAGAGCCAGUGCCAUAGAAGGCAAGUGUGUUGACUGGCUUCAAAUCCCCGGUCUGAUGUCUCUGACCUCGGGGGCCUUAAGUCUCUUCCCUCCCAGGGCCUCCACUUCUUACCUGUAAAACGAGAGGCUACAGCAGGGCGCUGUUUUCCAGUUUCUGAAGACUCUUCCAGCCAGAGAUCCGUGGGCCUCUUUAUAUCGUUUUUCUAGCUUUAUUCUGAGCUUAGUUAUUCUGACCGCCAAAGACAAUCAGGAAAAAGAUUAAAAUAUGGAUCUAUAGACCCCCAAAUGCUAAAUAUAUUUAUAAUUUGUUAAAAUACAUAUAAAUAUGU